AUGGAGCAUCUGGACCCUUACCAACGACCACCAGAGAGCAUCAAAGAUGUGUACAAGAAGUACCAAAAGAUGAGACCAAAGAAUCUAGAGCGGGAUCUAGACAUUGUAGACCUGCCAGACAGCCUUAAUACGUCAGCCAAGGACAAAGUUCGCAUAGUCGAAGAGUGGAGUGGUCAUGACUUGACCGCUGCUUUUUGGGCAUUUAGCGGUCAAGACGCGCAAGCGUACGCCGACCUACCACCAAAGAUACCGGUGUACGAACAUGCGGACAUGCCAGGCCUUCACAUCGUCCCCAAUCUUCUGCCUCCCACAAUCCAAAGCCUCCUCCUCUCACGUCUUCUCCACCGCGACCUCUCCAACCCGGCCCAUCUUACCAACAUACACACACACUACAAUCUCUCUUAUCCCAAUGCUUCGGCCUCGGACUCAUCACCCGGGUCAUUCUUCACAUAUCCGCCCACCUCCGCCGACCCAAUUGCCACACCUCUUGACCCUUCAGUUCAUAAGCCCCUGACCGUGCCGAAACUCCUGAGGAAGAAGAUGCGCUGGACUACUCUGGGCGGCCAGUAUGACUGGACCGCAAAGGAAUACCCGCCAACAAACCCGCCGCCCUUCCCGGCCGACAUCAAGACCCUGCUCGAGUCGAUAUGGACAUCGACAAAAGCAGAAGCCGCGAUCGUCAACUUGUACAGUCCCGGGGAUACGCUGAGUGUCCAUAGAGACGUGGCGGAGACGAGUGGCACGGGGCUCGUGAGUGUGAGUCUGGGGUGCGAUGCUGUGUUUGUCAUUGGAGUAUCCACAUCAACGUCAGAUUGGAAGGAAAGCGGGGAGAAGGAGGUGGGCGAGAAGACCGUCACGCUGAGACUGAGGAGUGGGAGCGCGCUGUAUAUGUCUGGACCCAGUAGGUUUGCGUGGCAUGGUGUACCGCAGAUUGUCAAGGGUACUUGUCCACAGUAUUUGGCAGAUUGGCCGGCGGAAGACGGAAAGGAAGAGUUUAAGGAGUGGCGGGGUUGGAUGAGUGGGAAAAGGGUGAACUUGAAUGUACGGCAGAUGUGGGAUUGA